AACCACAGAACAAGUGACUGUACCGGAGAGCCCCAAAGCGAUGGUAAAUACGUAUAAAUAUCCAGGUCGCUCAUCUGUUGUUAUCAAAUUCGUUAGCCGAGCCUCCACUGAACAACACCUUACCUCUCAAACAUCUACGGAUUUUCGCCAUUCUCAGGAACUGUUCCUCAAAAAAGUGUGUCGCUUAAAUUAAAGCAAUAUUCAGCUUGUGUUUAUUUCACUGCUUCACUGUUUCGAGGUUUACUUUUCUCAGACGAUACCAAUCUUCCAAGAUGAACAUCUUCCAGAUCCAGCUUCUUCUCCUUGAAGUCUUCGUUUUCAUCUCUUUAUCGAUAGCAAUCGCCCCAGAGCGAGCAUGGCCUCUCAACUUGGUACCAGGCCUUCCGACCUCAGCAGACCUGCCCUCACCGGCCGACCAACAACAGGAUGUCCUUGAGACCCUAGAAGCCAUUGAACGAGAGACCUUCCUACAGAUCACCGAACAUGAGCUCACACGAGACAACCGACAGUACACACCUCACAAGUGCUGCAAGAUCGGCAAGAAGGUCGCUGAUAAGGGUCUCUACUGCACAAUUGAUCUCAUGCAGGUUGAGAAGAAGAACAACCAGGUCUACCGUCGCAAGAUGAAGUUCCAGGAUGCCGUGCCACACGCUUCAGACGUGACCUACAAAACCCUGAUGAUGAAGGUGGAGAAGUGCUACCCCAACAAAGCCUCAAGGUCAAUGUUCAGCAAAUGCUGCGAAUGGCAACUGCAGAUCAACACAGACAUCGACAACUGCAAAUACCUGGAGUCGAGAGAGGCCAGGAAAGAGUGCAAACAGAGAGUGAGAGCGCGGGAAGCAUAGAGGGCGCUCCUCAAAGACUAUGAAAGGACAUUCUUGUAAAUUGUAUAUUCACAACAGAGACGGUGUUCUUCGAUAAUGAACGACGACGUGCGCGAGGUGAAGGCGAGAGGUACUACAAUUACAUAAAUUAUGAAAGACAUCUGCAUGGUGUAACUAUUUGCUCGUGGCAUGAUACGGUUGCAUGGAAAAGUUGCGUAGUUGAUUCGAUUUGAAGAAGGUUAAAGAAAGUUCUGAUAUUAUUUAUGUCGUUUAUGCUACACAGGACCGAAAAGGGUCCAGUGAUAAAUACAUUUUCUUACAGUUUAGAUAGAAACAUCUAUUAAGGACACGACUUGAAAAAUCAGUUUGAAGUGUCAUGACAUUCUUGGGCUAAUCAAGGAUUGUGUAAGACGACAGUGUUUUACAUGGAAUCCAUUUAGUAACACGUUAAAACAGUUUACUUGGAUGAACAAAAUAUGAUCUACACUUCUAUCAACCUGCUUUCGAAUCCUCCACUACCAUGGGGGUAGAUGUAAAAAAAAAAAGGAAAGUUAUAUUGAUUUGAUUGAUUUCCUUUUGAAAUCUAAAUUAUUGUGCACUCUCGCUUUCUAAAAUCAAGCUUUACACAGUAGUUUUAUGAAGUGUGUAACUUUUAUUAAUAUAUCACUGCCAGUAUUAAUUGAGUUUAGUGCCUUCAUUCAUUUGUAUCUAAGCAGUGUAAAUAUUUUAUGUACAAUUCACUCUUGUAUAGAAUGCAGCUUAUUUUAAAACUAUUUUCUUCCAAGUUCUGCGUAUAUUCAAUUGUAUUCCAACCACGGGAGAUUUCAAUUAAUAGCGGCAAACCUUUUGGGGGUUGGUGAGGAUACGGAGAACUUUUGCGGCAAUAUCGACGUAUUUCGGACGUCAUUUGAGAAUCGUCUUCCAUCUACCAACUUAAGGUCAAAUCGAUACUGAUAAAGUAAUGGUAAACUAUUUUAUGGUCAAUGUGUGAUUGUACUAAACUUAUUUAUUAUGAUUAAUGAUGAUAACUUUCUAUAGAGAACAUCCAACAGCGGUCAGUUUAAAUUUAAUUCAUUCACGUGUUAUUAUACUGAGGGGUCUGUUUACUCGACCAACGGUGUGUUGUUUGCAGGUUGUUUGUCCAUCUUUAGUGACCCGUAUGUGUGAAAGGCAUCCAGGCCAGCGUGUUUAAUUAAGCUCCGGUCCAAUAGCUGGUCCUCAAAAUGCAGAUGUUUUUGUAGGACUCAGCUCCUCUUAUUUGCAGUUCUUUGGCCCAGACAAAAGUGAGGUCUAAGUACCUCUCGUCCUUGGAUUUAUUGUAACAAUUCACUUCUGGGAACAGUGUUCUGUUUACUUGCCACGUAUUUCUCGCAUUGAAUAAAGACGUUGAUGACGAUUUCAUCAUCUUUGUGAUGAAUUAAUGGAUGAUUAUAGAGGCCGAAACACUGAAGAAAAUGGAUACCAGUGUACCUGGAAGUUGGAUACGAGUAUGUAGAUGAACAUUUUAAACUGAAAUGGACUUGAAUUCAGUUGACUUCUCUAUUUAUAUUUAUGUACUCCCUCUGUAGUUAAAACUCUUAUUGCGAAAAGAUUUUGUUUGGUUACGUUUGGGCAAAAAACGAGAAAAAAAUGUUACCAAAAACCCCGACAGAGAUGCACUUUGAGGGUAUCUAUGAGGAAGUUCGUUGUUAUCCUAUUUUGUCAUUUAUGUCAUGAUAAUACACAGCGAAUGUGUAUUCGUACUGUAAUAAAUAUCAAUGUGCAAAUAUCAUAA